UUUUUUUCUGGGUAUUGUUUGUUUCAUCAGAAAAUAAAAAAAGGAAACCUGCAAAAAAUCAGAGAAACAUGGGUUUAUGGGAAGGGACUUAAAUUUGGGUUUCGGCAGAAGAAAGAGAAGGUUGGGCAUGGCGGCGUUGGCAGAGAAAAAAGAAAAAGAAGCUGUAAAUUCUUUAGUUGUUUCUUAAAUGCUCCUUUUUCUUGCAACAAAACACAGUUUAAGUUGUAAAAGCAAAAGACACAAGGGGCAUCUUCUUCUUGUUUCUUUUUUUGGGUGUUAUUUGAAAACCCAACAUGAAUUACUUCACAGGAGAAUUGUGUUAGAGAGGAGUUGUUUGAUAUGGAUUGUAUAGAGGUGAAACAACAACAACGACAACAACAAUGGCAGGGUUUUUUUUAAGAGGACAAGAUCAACAAGACAACAAUUCACCACCAACUGAUCAAACUGAAAACUGGUUUUGGUGUAGAAAUGAAGAUAUUCCUUACAAGGGUUUUGAACUAUGGCAACAACAACAACAACAAGAACAACAACAACAACAACAUAUUUACAUGUCUGGGUUAGGUGUUGGUGGUCCUAGUAGAGGAUCAUCAAAUUUCAUGAUGAUGACAAGCGGUGGUGGUAACGACGGUGGUGGUGGUGGUGGUGGUGGUAAUACUAGUGGUAUAAGUUGCCAAGAUUGUGGUAACCAAGCUAAAAAAGAUUGUCCUCAUAUGAGGUGUAGAACAUGUUGUAAAAGUCGAGGUUUUGAUUGUCAAACACAUGUUAAAAGUACUUGGGUUCCUGCUUCUAGACGCCGUGAACGGCAACAACAACAACAACAACUUGUCUCUCCACAACAACAUCAACAAAUUAUUCGUGCAGAACAAUCUAAAAGACAUCGAGAGAAUCCAACGGGGUUAGAACUGGGGAAUUUUCCGGCGGAAUUGAGCUCGGAAGCUGUGUUCCGAUGUGUAAGGGUUAGUAACGUUGAAGACGCCGACGAUCAGUAUGCUUAUCAAACGGCGGUGAACAUUGGUGGACAUGUUUUCAAGGGAAUUCUUUAUAGUCAAGGCCCUGAAACUAACUACGACAUGGCAGGAGCAGCAACAACAACAACAACAACAGCUGGUGGUGUUGCAGCCACCGCUGCAACCACCGCAAGCGGCGGUGCUUCUCCUUCAUCUACGACACCGUUUAUAGACCCUUCUUCUCUAUAUCCAACACUCAACACUAAUUUCAUGGCUGGAAUCAUGGUGUUGAAGUACAGUGGAUGGAACUAUGAGACAUUGAUCAACAAAACAGCAAAUGGAUAUUAGGGUCUUAGAUCAAUGAAGCUGCAUAAGGCCAAUGAUGUUAGGUCAUUUUUAGUUUAUAUUAAUGCUAGGGUUUGUGUAGAUUUAAUUUAAUUCGGCUAGCGUGUUGAUUGAGUACUAGUUCAGUUCGGCACGAUUACUGUUGCAGGCUUGCAGCAACUUGGAGAAGUUUCGAUUUAGAGUUUAAAAAUCGUAUAAGAAAAACACAGUCCAUCUUAGUUUUUUCUUAGGUGCACUUUUUAUUAUGUGAAAUUCUUAGAAUAGAGUUGUUCAUGGGUUGUGCUGAACAAAACACGAUAGUAAAAUCUUGCUUUUCCCGAGUUUGUUUUCCGCAUAUACGGAAAUUUCAUGUGACAUACAGACUACUUUGCAUUAAAAUAGAGUUGUUUGAGAUUCGAGUGUAAGUGUCGGAUAUGUAUCUAACACAAGUAUGGGGUUAGCGUCUCGAUCAUAUCCUUAUAUUCAUGUGUUGAAUCCUGAUAUUUUAAGAGAAAUGAGAAGUCUGAGUAGUAAUUGACAUGCAUGAAUACUCAAACUACUUCUUGUCUGGAUAGUUGGGAAAUGAGAAACAUGCAAAAUCCCAAUUAUUUGGCUUUUCGAGUUAUUUGUUGUUUGCAUGUAGGGACUGAAUUUAAUAGAUUGUAUAUAAGUAAGGGAACAAGGUGGCUACAAAUAGGAGGAUAAUAUUAAAAAAAUUGUUAAAUCAUGUUUCAUCUUUGUCUGUUGUAUAUGUAUAAUAUAUAUAUAUAUAUAUAUGCAUUAAUGGAUCAACUGAAAAUAUGUUUGCCUUUAGGGUUUUAUGGGGACAUAUCAAGCUAUGAGAAAUCAUAUUCAUGCAUGAAUGCAUGUAUUUUAUGUGUGUAUGUACCCCAUGCUUCCAAGCUCU